CGGGGCCAGCCCAGCGCUCGACUAGCUCGGCGCUUCCUGGGCCUGCUCGGUGUUCGACCGCCCGUCCUGCGUCGCCGCUGCUCUCUGCUCUUGAUUCCGCCGUCAUGUCGACCGCAAUGAACUUCGGGACCAAAAGCUUCCAACCGCGGCCACCAGACAAAGGCAGCUUCCCGCUGGACCAUUUCGGUGAAUGUAAAAGCUUUAAAGAAAAAUUCAUGAAGUGUCUCCGUGACAAGAAUUAUGAAAACGCUUUGUGCAGAAAUGAAUCUAAAGAGUAUUUAAUGUGCAGGAUGCAAAGGCAACUGAUGGCCCCGGAACCGCUGGAGAAGCUGGGCUUUAGGGACAUAAUGGAUGGGGAGCCGGAGGCGAAGGACAAGUGCUGAGAAGAAAAGCACAGGGCCACGUCCCCGCUGCCUGGAGCAGCGCAGAGCCCCUUUGCCCACAGGGCAGGAAGACCUGAGACUCACCUGUGCCACCCCGCGAGACCCUCUCUGUGGGGACUCGGGGACAUGGCUCAGCCCUGCAGCAUGCUAGGUGCGUCCUCUGUUGGCCUCCGUUUUGUUCUUCCCAUCUGUGUAGGUCACAGGACUCCCUCAGGGCUGACCACCGGUGUGAUUUGAUGUCUCGCCCAGUGUGGCCCUCACCACAGAGCCUUGGACAGCUUUCCGAAUUGACUCAGCCUGCCAUGGACCUGGGCCUCACAUCAGAACCCAUCAGUGAAAGCAGUGACAGCAAAUGUCCACCUUUUGUGCUCACAGCUGCACACCAGCUCGCUUUCCUUUCUCUGGGUUCUUUUCUUUGCACAAAACCAGAAUACAAAGCAGGAAGUGA